CCCUAGAAAGCAUUUACCAGCAACUUCCUAUUUAAUACCGACUUCGAUAGAUACAACCAAAUUGCAACGAUGAUUUAUGGUACUGUCCUACUCAUGCUACCGCUUCCUUUGCUAUCUGUAAUUGCUAUUUUAAAUUUCCAUUGCCAGACGGUGAAUGCGACUAAUGAUUAUUUCUUUCGAUCACCAAAACUGGCAAAUUUGGGACCGUCCGGAGGUUCACUUGUUUCUGGCCGCGGUAACUUCCGACCAGGAUUUGGCUCGAUUGUUUCCGAUAGUCGCUUUUAUUUAUCCGAGCCAUUAUUUGCAUUCAGAAAAAAGUGAACGAAUUUGGAAGGCAGCAGUAAUAACAGCGAUGCGCAAUUAGUACUAUAUAUGUACUGAUAAAUCACCAAAAAAUUGUUGUUUGUAUGAUAUGCUCAAAAUAAAGAAUGCUAUUGUU